UCACUUGUCAACAUGUCUGUUUAUAAGCUGUCAGUGUAUUUGUCAUGUUGUUAGUUUCUCCAGCAGAGGGCGUCUAUUCAGCGUGUAAUAUUUUCAGAUUUGAUUGCAUUCUGUUGGAAUCUAAAGGCAUAAACCCCAUUUCGCGUGCAAAAUUAGGAAAAAUUAAUUAAAGAAAUUAAUUUAAUUAAAGUGCGUUAAUUUUAACGCACAUGAUUAUCUUAAAUGGAAGAAUCAGUCAUAUUUAGAAGCUGCAUAGAAAAUUAGUUUUCGCUCCUACACUAAACUUAAUAUUCAUGAGCCAAACCUCCUCGAUUUAAAUAUUGUGAGGCGUGAGAACACAACACAGAUCACGGUCUCUUUACUGAUGCUGCUGCGCGCGGAGAGUUCACCACAGAAACCGUCUCUUUCUCAAACUCUAGAAACUCUGAAACAUAGAUUUGCUCGUUAAAUGAGUCUGUCUGUGAAUAUUUGAAGCAGAGUUAAAGGCAGUAGUGUUUAAUUUUCACUUUCGUUCACUUCUGAAGUAGCUCUUCUAGUCAUUUCCUCAAACAGCGCGAGAAUGAUGAACUGCGGUCUUCUCUCCGAGAAAAAUGUGCCAGUGCCUCUGAAGAGCAUCUCAGUGGAGGUUCUGGUUCAGGAUCAUGUAGCCACAGUCUCCUCCACUCUGCAGUAUGUGAAUGAGGAAGAGCGCCCCCUGGAGGCCUUGUUCGUCCUCCCUCUGCCUGCUGAUGCUGCUGUCUGCCACUUCAGUGCCAAGAUCGGAGAGCAGGAGAUUGUGGCAGAGGUGCAGGACAGAGAAACCGCGAGGGAUCAGUAUGAUGACGCUGUGAGUUCGGGUCAGCAGGCGUUUCUGUUGGAAGAGAGCGCAGAGAGUCCUGAUGUGUUCAGACUGAGUGUCGGGUGUCUGUCGGCGGGUCAGAACGCUGCCGUCACCAUCAUCUACGCCACCGAGCUCGCUGUGCAGGCCGACCACUCGCUGCGCUUCUGUCUGCCGGCUGUCCUCAACCCCCGAUACACACCAGCAGGUUCAGCUGCUGGUAUAGUCUCAGAGAUUUCAUCAGGAGCUGUUCCCUACACGCUGACUCUCAGUGUUCAUGUGAGCUCUCCGAAGCCCAUCUCCAAACUAGAGUCCAACUGCACUCUGGAUCCUCUAGUGUUCCUCCACUCUGAUCACACUCAGGCUACGGUGAAUCUGAGUCCUGGUCACAUGUUUGAUAAGGACGUUGAGCUGUUUGUGUACUAUCAGGAUACCCAUCAGCCCUCUGCUAUAGUGGAGGCAGGAGUGACCACUGCCCCGCCAGGUUCUCUGAUGAGGGACCCAGUGGUCAUGAUAAAUUUGUACCCAGAGUUCCCAGAGGAAGUGAUGAAAUCACUGGCAACUCGAGGCGAGUUUGUUUUUGUGGUUGACAGAUCAGGCAGUAUGAGAGACAUGAUGCAUCAUGGGAAGGGAGCACAAAAGCGCAUUGAAAGCGCAAAGGACACUCUGCUGUUACUGUUGAAGAGUCUGCCCAUGGGAUGCUACUUCAAUAUCUAUGGAUUUGGCUCUAAUUUUAAGUCCUUUUUCCCUCAGAGUGUUGAGUACAAUCAGGACACAAUGGAUCAGGCUCUGAAGAGAGUGAAGGAAAUGCAAGCAGACAUGGGCGGCACAGAGAUAUUACAGCCUCUAAAACACAUCUACAGUCAACGCUGUUACCCCGAUCACCCCAGACAGCUGUUCAUCUUCACUGAUGGAGAGGUGGGAAACACUAAAGCGGUGCUGGAUCUGGUGAAAAGUCACGCUCACUCUCACAGGUGUUUCUCAUUCGGGAUUGGUGAGGGUGCGAGUGCCGCCCUCAUCACAGGAAUGGCCAGGGAGGGAUCUGGUCACGCUCAGUUCAUCACAGACAACGACCGCAUGCAGCCCAAAGUGAUGCAGUCGCUCAGGUUUGCGCUGCAGCCCGCUGUGGUUAAUAUCUCUGUGGAUUGGAUCCUUCCAGACGGUGUUACUGUUGACACACUGUCUCCACCCAUCAGUGUGCUCUUCCAGGGUCAAAGGGCACUCAUUUAUGCCCAGCUUAAAGGAGAGAGUUCAGGAGGCUCUGAGGGAACAGUGACAGUCAAAUACAGUCUUAAAGAUCAACCAGUAACAAACCAGCUCCACUUCUGCCUCAAACCAACUGAAGAAACAGGAUGGUCAUUAUGGACGAUGAGAUGCAGCAGUUGCGUGACCUGGUGGCCCAGCUUAAGGCUGAUAAUGAAAGCCUGCAGCAAGAACGAUCUGAGGUUCAGGUUGUCCAUUCACCGGCUGGCGGCUCGGACCCUGAUCCGUUCUCUGGAGAAGGAGGAGAGGUCCGGUGCUGCAGGUGUUGAGGGCAUCAGGAGCAGGAUGGUGGAGCUCAGUGUUCAGGCAGGAGUGAGCAGUGUUCAUACAGCCUUCAUUGCUGUGAAUAAAGACAGCAGACAGACUGUGAAAGGACCCCUGCUGCAGAGAAGAGUGCCGACACACGCUCCAGGAUGUAUCCCACUAAUGGGCUCUGUUUCACUGCCAGUCCAGUCCUUUGGUUUUCUGUCUGCAGCUGCACAAACUCCUUGGAAGCAAGGGGUUGUAACACGCUAUAUUUACUCUUACAUUUAUUUAAGUACAUUUUUGAAAAAUAUGUUCUAUUAACAGUACAUUUAACAGUGGGUACUUUCUCACUACUCAAACACAUUUUAAUGACAAAAAUGUACUUUUACUUAGUUACACUUGGCGACGUUCCUGCGUUACUUGUUUCUUCAUGCAAAUGUUAAGAAAUGCGUGGUUCACUCCAAGUGUGCUGUCUCUUUUAAAUGGGGCAUGAGCGAUGCAUGAUUCCGGUGCAGUCUUUGAUGCGCUUUCACAAGGGUAUCACGACGUAUGCAUGUGGUGCUGCAGACACCGGAGCCGACGUUAAUGACAUUCAGCUACUGUAUGUGUAAAAGAAACACACAAUUCAUUCCAAGCAGAGACAUCGGCUAUGAGCAAAAUGUAUGAUUAUGUAUGUAUGUAUGUAUGGGGGUGUAUGUCAUUACCUUCUGGUGUAGUAAUUUUUUUAUAAUGUUUAGAUGAGCCUA